GGCGGUGCGAGGGCUGCUGCACAGCUAGCAGAGCCGCGGUCCGGACGGCAGCGCGUGCCCCGAGCUCUCCACCUCCCCCCGCCCGCCAGCCCGAGGCCCCCGAGCCCAGCCCGCGGCCCCAGCAGCAGCGCCCAGAGCAGCCCCAGCAGCAGCGCCAUGGCCGGGUGGAACGCCUACAUCGACAACCUCAUGGCGGACGGGACCUGUCAGGACGCGGCCAUCGUGGGCUACAAGGACUCGCCCUCCGUCUGGGCCGCCGUCCCCGGGAAAACCUUCGUCAACAUCACGCCAGCUGAGGUUGGUGUCCUGGUUGGCAAAGACCGGUCAAGUUUUUUCGUGAACGGGCUGACACUUGGGGGCCAGAAAUGCUCUGUUAUCCGGGACUCGCUGCUGCAGGACGGGGAAUUUACCAUGGAUCUCCGUACCAAGAGCACCGGCGGAGCUCCCACCUUCAACAUCACUGUCACCAUGACUGCCAAGACGCUAGUCCUGCUGAUGGGCAAAGAAGGUGUCCACGGCGGGAUGAUCAACAAGAAAUGUUAUGAAAUGGCCUCCCACCUGCGGCGUUCCCAGUACUGACCUCGUCCACCCCUCCCCCCCACCACCCCCACUGCUUUUGCACCCCUCUCCUUCCCAUACACACACGUACACCAUUUUUAUUUUUUGGGCCAUUACCCCACACCCCUUGUUGCUGCCAAAACCACAUGGGCUGGGGGCUGGGGCUGGAUGGACAGACACCUCCCCCUCCCUGUACCCCUCCUGUGUGUGGUUGGAAAACUUUUUUGUUUUUUGGGUUGUUUUUUUUUUUUUUUUUUUUCUGAAUAAAAAAGAUU